AUGUCGGAUACAUCGGAUGAUUCAAUGGAUGAAACGAAUCCUAAGAAGAAUGUAGAAGAGACAUCUUCUACAGGUACUGUGGUUAGCACCGACGAUUUGUUUGAAGUAAGUUAGUUUUUGACUGUUUGAAUUUUUAGGUAACACUCGUUAUGCCCAUGCUUAUAUUUUUCGUAAUUAUAAGGUUGGUACAUUUUUAUCAGUUUUGUAUAGGAAGGUAUUGUUUAUUGAGUAACAUAAGCAUCUGUUUUAUAAAAUUAUAGAUAAGUAAGUUAAUGUUUAUAUUGCUUUUAGAUUCAAAAGAUUGUGGGGCACAAGUGGGAAGGCAGAAAGUUAUUGUACCGCAUCAGAUGGGUUGGCUACGGACCUGGCGAUGAUACGUGGGAGCCAGAAGAGAACCUUCUUGGUUCAACAUCUGUCGAAAUGGUUGACGAAUACAAGAAAAACAAGAAUCUGGAUACAAAGCCUAAGAAAACACCCGAAAGACUGAGGAAGCAGCCUCCAGCUCGAAGAAAACAGGCCAAGAAGUUGAAGUCGACUUUGUUGAGUGACAGUGAUUUCGAAAGUUCUCAAGGCACUUCAACUACCAAACAACCGGAAUUCGUGUUUGUAGAGGAUGAAGGUGAAGAGAAACCUAGUACUGAUAGUGCUGGUUGGUAUGGAAUCAAAGCAGAUGAAUCUAAAAGAGAUUUAAAGAAUUUGUUUGUACAUGAUCGGAAGCUGACGCAGACUGAGAAGGUAAGGUUUGGGACUGUGUUAAAGAUUUUACAUACGUUAUAAUGGAAUUUCUGAUUUGAUGUUAAGGUAGAUAAUUGACAAUGACACUUAUAACGAAUUUUUAUGGAAAAAAAUGAUUAAGAAGGAAAAUCAAAAUCAAGGAUGUGAAAGUUUGAUGUAUGUUUUUAGUUGCUGACAGACAUUCAAGAUCCUAAUACCAGUCGGCUGACAAGGUCUCAGAUCAGGGAGUUGAGAGGAUCUUUUUCUUCUAUUCAAACUCCUUCUCCAGGUAAGAUGAAUACCAAAUUUUGAUGUAAAAGUAGUAGUUUUGCUGUACUUGAAUAACUUAACUCAAUAAUACAUUUAAAAUAGUCUUUUCGCACUGAGUAAACAAAAAACUUUCUUAUUUAGUGCGACAACCAAAAACAAAACAGACUGAUGAUGCCGAUAAAUUCAAAAGGUCACCUUCGCGCGAAUCUGUCGAAAGCUACAGUUUUGUUUUUACUUCUCCGAAAGCCAAGAAGAAGAAGGUUGACGAAACAUCAACCAAGGAGAAGGUGAAGAAAGAUAAGUCUAAAAAAGAAAGAUCUCCAAAGAAGCGUGACAAGGAAAAGGUUGUGGUUGAUAAGAAUAAUAAGGAAAAGGAAGGUAGCAACAAAAAGAACCUGGAAAAGAAGGAUAAUAUUAAGAAAGAAACGAUUGAUCAGAAGAAAAAUAAUAAGGACAAGAAAGAAGCGUCACUACCUAAAGAUUUGGAAAAGCCGUCUGGCAGCAACGGCGUUAGUUCUGUUGGUCAUGAGGCGGCUGUAAGUCUUGAAUUUUUAUGGAUUUGGAAAUGUCUUUAUGGUUUUUAUAAAAAUAUUAAAACUUUGAUGGUUUGUCUACAAGGAUAUUUGCUAAUAGUUAAGUGCAAUUUAAGCAGUUAAUGCGGUUUUUUUAUUAAAAAAAAAUUUUUUAGCCUCCACCAAAGAAAGCUGUGCCAGUGGACAGAAAGAGCAGUUUGUUCUGUAACUAUCGUAUUCCUAAGGGCACUGAUAAGCUACAAACUAACGGAGGACGCGCCGUCUCAGCUUCAGGUGUGCCAGCUACGUAUGGUACUCAAAAGCUGCAUAUCAACGAUAAUUUAAAUGUUAUUCACACGAUUGACGAGCUUUUGAAGGAUAACACUGAAAUUGAGGCUACUCAAAAGGUGAGGAUGAUAUUCGACCAAAAACUUUUGAUAAAUAUUGAUGGUUUUGAUUUUAAAUUAAGGUAGUAUUGUUAAUUAUUGAGAAGGGCGAACCUCCACAAAUUGUUAAGGAAGAGAGGGUAGAUUACACUAGAUUUUUUAAAGUGGUAUAACUUUGAUAAUUUAUUGUAGAAGAAGCUUUGGAAGUUGUUCUUUUUUUCAUAUUUUGAUGUUUUCAGGAGUUUAACGAUGCUGUUUUGGCCGGAAAGAUAAAAGUGGUUCGAGGCAUGUUGGCAGCCAAUAACAACAUUAACAUAAAUUGGGCAGAUUCUGAAGGAUACACACUUCUUCAUCGAGUAAGUGUUCUUUUACAAGCAUAUUAACACGGCUUAUACAUUUAUAAACAACUGUAAGACUAAAUUUUAAUGUUAUGAUAUAGUUUUUGAGAGAAGAAGAUAAUGUAAAGAAUGAAUUACGGAUUUAAAUUUCAGUUGGCGGAAGGUGUAUGCGAGUCCCAACACACCCCAGAUGAGAUGAUGAGUGUCUUGGUGAAUGCAGGAGCUAACGUGGAGGUAAAAGAGAAGAAACGUGGCUUUACUCCGCUGUAUUUGGCCUGCGUGAACAGAAGGCUUUGUCAUAUCAUCAGAUUGAUCCGUUUGUGUGCCAAUGUCAAUACAGUCAACAAUGCGGGAGAACCUUUGCUGAGCACUACCAUGAAAACACUACAUCCCGAAUACACGAAGUUGUUAUUGACAUAUGGUGCUGAUUACUUUGCAGUAAUAAAGCCAAAGAGUAACUUGACUAAAGCUCAAUUGAAGCCGGUCUUGAGUUAUUCUGAAAGACUACAGAGCAUCAUGGACAAACUGAGGGAUGGAAUGAUUAAGUAGGGUUUGAAAUAAUUAUGUUUGGAUAUUAUUAUGGCUAAAGUAAUGUUUGAUAACUUUUUUUUCCUCGUUUUAAUUAUUAAAUGGAAAAGUAAAGUUUGAUGCUGAUUAUAAGCUUACUAUAGUAUAGCUUUAUGUUUUUCAAUGAAAACGGCUUCUUAUCACGCUGUAAUGUUUUAGAAAUGUGACCAGGUAUCAUAUGUACACGAAUGUCUAUCAAUCUAUGAUUUUUGGGAAAACGGAAUGCCAAAUGAACUUCAUGAACGGUGUGAAUCCAAAAACGCUUCCGGGAGAACGUAUCUAUUGCAUUGUAAUGUGUGCUGUUGCACGUACUGUCAACGGAGUAAGUUAAUUUCAGUUUUGUUCUUAUUUCUUUAGGCGUUUUUUACUUUUCGGAUCACCAAAGUAAUGAAAAGAAUGGUCAAACAUCUUCUAAGGUUACUAAUAAGUCAUUGCUACUAUGUUUUUAUUGGGAAGGCAAACUAUAUUUUUUUAUGUCAGAAGAAUGUUAAUUUAGUUGGAAAUUAAGUUUUUUCUUUUUCAGGUCACCAAUGCUUCAAUUAACGGCCCAUGCCCAGUAACGGAAAUGGUUCUGGAUGGCAGGAAACUUUCCAUCAUCUCUCGAAUGAACCCCUACAUCUAUGGCUGUUAUGUGUUUGCGGAACAUUCCGAGCACACUAUCACGUUAAAACUGACAAGACAAACGUCUCCUCAGAUCUUGUUGGUCCAAGUUGUUGGACUGUUCAGAAAGGAACAAGUUCAAGGCAAUUCAGCCUCUAAUUCACAUUAA